UUAAGAACAGAGGUGCAGCAGCAGACGCCAAGCUGGUGGGGAGGUGUUUGUGCUUGUUGGAGAGAAUUUCACACAGGAGGCAAUUAGGAAAAGAAACUUUGAUGGGCGUUGUGAUGCCCUUUGGAGAGGAGCCUGGCUCUUUAAGACACGUGACGAGAGUGUUUUGGGGAUUAACGCGCUCCCCCACUCUCAAUUCGCAACAUCUGGACUCCGCUGGGCGCCGUCCAGGACUCCAGCUCACAUUCCUCCUCCCAGCUUUCUGAGCGCACACACUCCUGACCCGCUCCUGCAGAGGAACGGCCACAGCUGUCCUGGAGCACGAUGGGCAGGCUUCUGCACAAGAUGGGCCUCUCAGGGCUGGAGAGACUCACCAGAAGACAGGCUGUCCUGCUCUGCUGCGGGCUUGCCGGGCUCAUCUACUUCCUCCAGCCACACCUGUUCCAGAGAAGCGCCAGAGAGCCGCCCACAGUCAGCUACACACCUGACUCCGGAGAACGAGGGCCCGGGCCCGUCCUCAACCUCACCACCUGGGGCGCGCCCGUUGUGUGGGGGGGCAGCCUGGAAUCCCAGCGCAGGAGGCGAGAAUUCGAGACCCAGGCCGUCCGCACAGGCCUGGUGGUGUUUGUCGUGGGGAAGUACUCCCACUACCUGCAGCGGUUCGUCACGUCGGCGGAGAGGUACUUCCUGGAGGGGCACGUGGUGACGUACUACAUACUGACGGACAACCUGCGGGGGGUGACCCCGCUGUCCCUGAGAGCCGGCAGGGAGCUCAAGGCCUUCUACAUCGCAGAGCGACCAGACUGGGUCCACCUCUCCAAGACGAGGAUGUCUCUCCUGGGGAGCGCCAUCAAGGAGCUGAUCCGGCACGAUGUGGAUUACGUCUUCUGCGCUGACGUGGACCAGGAGUUCAUCAAUCCAGUGGGGGCUGAGAUUUUAGGCGACCUAGUGGCCACAUUUCACCCUCAGUACUACAACAGACCCCUCUACACCUUCCCCUACGAGAAGAGGGAGGACUCGAAGGCCUUUGUCGACGACUCGGAAGGCGAUUACUACUACACCUCUGAGUUCUUCGGGGGCCUGCGCGCCGAGGUUUACCAGCUGGCCCUGGUCUGCUCCAGGUUCAUCCUCCAGGACAUGGAGAAGAGUUUCCACGCAUUCCAGUUCGAGGAGAGCUACCUGAAUCGCUACCUCAUCAACAGCAGGCCCACCAGGGUCCUCUCCCCGGAGUACAGCUGGUGGGAUGCCCCAGGGACUCCAGACAUCCCAGUGAAGAGGAUCCUGUCUCUCCAGAGAGGCUGUCUUCGAGGCCCUGAGUCCAGGGAAUCGUACUGCUGACUCCCACCUGACUCCCGCUGCUGAAGAAGUUGAUACACACACCAGGAAGUGCGAACCCACCGGCUCAGCUCUUGGGUUGCUCCACAGCGGUCUGAGACAACCCCAGGACAAACUGGUCAGCAUGAGGACAGGAGGAGGAGGGUGCAUGUUUAUUUGCAAAGAAAGAUCAACAGCAGGCCAGUUCCCUCUGUAAGGUUGGCUUAGGGACAGUGCCAGGCUUAUUUUUGACUUAACUGAAUGCUUCCUCCAAAAUAAAUGUCUAUCCAGUAUA